CGUUCGCUGACGCUUGCAUAAUUUAUGGCCAUCGCUUACAGCCCACUUAAACGCGUGAAACGAUCAACCACAAGUCAGGGUUCACGCCGUGAUCGGGUUUUUGGUGGGAAUGUUAUCCGAUCCUCUUGCUCUUUCUCUCUUUCUUUUGACACUUGCGCGAUCGUCGAGAGUCCUCACACUAGAAGAUCCCAAAAGAAAGUAACAGGAUCCUCGUGAAGUAGUACGGAGAAUGGGAAAUGAAGGACGAAAGUACGUCCUUGUCAAUGAGGUGAUAAACCGAAAGCAUUGGUAAGCCGGUUGACAACGAUUUCCAACCGGAGUGGUCCCUCGAUUCUGGUGAGACGUAAGUAAUAAAUUGUUCGUAAUUUGUCAUAAAAUUUUAACAGCUCGUUUCUUGGCGACACGCGACACGGUGACGAUGCGCAGUACCAGAGAAUGUGUGGCGUUUUGUUUCAUUUUGGGUUUUUUGUCUCUUUCCCUUUUGCGCGAUUGAUACGUUAGGAGUUUUCUGCGGUUUUGAAAUAUUUUUUUUUUAUUAGUUUCUUUUUCAUAAAAAGUAUUUAAGAAGUUGGAGAUAUCGUACUAUAAUGUUUUUUUUUAAUACAUUUUCUUCUGAGCAAUAGCACUUUAGAGUUGCUAAAAAGAUUUUUUUUUCAUAAUUUGAUAAAAUUGUACACUGAUCGGCACGAUCAUGUAAAAACGGAGCUCACUAGUUAAAUGAAAAAAUUCUAGCCGUCCCUACUUCACAGCAGCACACUGUAUUUGCAUAACGAUCGAUCAUCACACUGCAAGUAAGCAUAAAUCGACCGUAGGAAAAUGAGUGGGCGUGGUUAUGCUUGGUGGAAAUAUUCGAUCUACAAACCGAGGAUCAUUGUGGUUUGGUCUUUAGUACACUUACCAGCAUUCUUCAUUCGAGCUGAAACUAUUUCUAACGACGGUUCUGAUGAUCACUUAUCUAUUUGGGAUUUCCAAUAAGUGUAUCUAGUUGUGUAACUUAAAAUCAAAAGGAUUUAAAUCAAUGAUAAGAAACUAAAAGUUAUAUCAAAGGAGUGUAUCGAUUGUGUCAAGAAAGUGAUAAUAAAUGCUCAUAAAUUGAAUGUUCGUCUUAUCUGCAAAAAAGAUGUUAAAAACCAUUGCGUGAUCGUUUUGAUGCAAAAGUGAAUCAAUUCUACUCUGUUUUAUGAAAGUGCCAUUCGUACAAUACAAAAAUGCCAAAGCGGAAAAAAGCUCCUUCACCUAAGUUUGAUCUGCUCGAAGAUGGAUUUGAUGAUGAUCUCAGCUCUAAUGACGAUAAACCGGGAACACCGAUCCAACGAAACGCAGCCAAUGCACGGGAACGGGCACGCAUGCGAGUGCUGUCGAAGGCGUUCUUUAACCUGAAGCGUAACAUACCCUGGGUACCGGCGGACACCAAGCUCUCCAAGCUGGAUACGCUCCGGCUGGCCAAGAACUACAUCACCUACCUGGCGGCGACACUGGACGGUCAGUCGGUGGAAGACUUUUCCACCAACCUGGCGCAACCACCGAAAACGGCAUGGCCUUUCAUCUUCCAACAAGUUCAGCCACACGAAACGAGCAAAACGAAACACCAGCCGGCAACACCGCAGUCAACGUCGUCAUCAUUCACAGCAACAGCGCCGAAUGUCGGUCAAUCCACAUGUUCCACCGAUCAGCAGCCGAAAUGGCUCGACUAUCAUCAAAAAGAUGUCACCACCACCGGUGCCGUGAUGUCGGAGAAUAUCAAAUCACUAACCAUCGCACCAUCGUCGAACGGUUUGGUGGGAUUCUCGGAAAACUUUGUCGGCUCUACCGCCACCAACCUGGAGGGUGUGAACGAGUAUGGUACGUUUGGUGAUACGCUGGGGAUGGGUACGAGAUCCGCCGCUACACUUCAUCAUCAGCCCCAGCAGGAGCCUCAUCAUCACCGGCAGCACCAUUCUUCGGUCAUGCAGCAGCAGCAGCAUCAGCAGCAGCAGGAUCAUCAUCAGCAUCCCCAUCACUACCAAACGACCGGCACUGUACCAAUGCAUAAUGAUGAUUGCCAUGCUGGUGCUGGAGCUAUUGGUAUGUCCGGAUCGUACCAUCGGCAGCAUAUGGCCUCAAUUGGCAGUGAUUGACACGCCGCGAGUUUGGCGGGCGGCGAACGGCAAAUACACCUUACUCUGUACUUAUAGUAUUUAUACAACAAGGAACAUCACUAUACAACGAAAUCUGACUAUCGUACUCUCAAAAACCAAAGUAUUAAAAUCGCAAUCGUAUUAUAACAAAAUUUUAUGUUUUCGAACAAAAUAAAUGCUUUACCAAAGU